AUGGCACAGAUUGAAGAUACGUUCAAUUCCAAAUUCGAUUAUCCCUACGUGUUUUUGAAUGAUGAACCAUUCACAAAUCAUUUCAAAUCAACAGUUGCAAGCUUGACCAAAGCCCGUGUCUUAUUUGGCCUGUUGAAUUCCACCAUGUGGGGAUAUCCUGAUUUCAUUGAUCAAGAAUAUGCUGCAGAAUGUCGAAAAUCGAUGACAGAGCUUGGAAUACCUUAUGCAUCGAGCGAAUCUUAUAGACAUAUGUGCAGAUUUCAAAGUGGAUUCUUUUUCAGACAUCCAUUGCUGGACGAGUUUGAUUACUAUUGGAGAUUAGAACCCUACGUUGACUACUACUGCCAAAUUGAUUACGAUGUGUUUAGGUUCAUGAGAGACAAUAAGAAAAAAUACGGCUUCACUAUUGCCUACAAAGAGCACAUUGAAACAGUACCUACUUUAUGGAAAACAGUAAUGAGCUUUCUAGACGAAUACCCUGAUAUUGCCAAGCAACUACCCUCUCGAAACGAAUCCCUAAUCAACUUUGUCACCAACGACGAUGGUCAAUCUUACAACACCUGCCAUUUCUGGUCGAACUUUGAGGUUGGUGAUCUGUCUUUAUGGCGGUCUGAAGCAUACUUGAAGCUGUUUGAGUAUCUCGAUAGAUCUGGAGGGUUUUUUUACGAGAGAUGGGGCGAUGCACCAGUCCAUUCGAUCGCUGCGGCAAUACUGUUGAAAAAGAGCGAAUUUCAUUUUUUUAAUGAUAUAGGCUAUCGGCAUACAUCCUAUACGCAUUGCCCAGUGGGCGAUGCAUUUCGAAUAAGAUGCUCAUGCGACCCAAAUAACAACUUUGACUUCAACAUGGAAUUAAGCUGUUAUCCAAAUUACAAGGCUGCUCUACAUCCACAUUAUAAGAGAAUAUUUGACAAACUGAUGCCUGUGGCUGACCAUCAAGAUUAA